GGAUUCGUUAAGAAUCCGGUAGUUGUAAUGACCGUAAGGCAUUAUGGCCGCUCUCCGUCGGUCUUGGCUUUUGGUUAAUGCACUUAAAAACAAACAUGCGCUGCACCUCCGGGAAAUAUCUAGCACGCAAUCUCUUUUAGCAGGCGCCUAUCAUCCUGACUGGAAGCCAGGAGAUUACCCCCAAACCCAAAAAGAACAUGAAGAAGCUGCUAAAAAAUACAACCUGUUGCCGGAAGACUAUCGUCCCUUGCCAGACGAUGGUUAUGGAGCAGGUGACUAUCCUGCCCUUCCAAACAUCGGAGAGGAACAGAAGAGUCCUUGGACCGACUGGGACGACCCGAGAAUGAGAAGAAACUGGGGGGAUCCUGUCCACAUUGACUUCGAUAUCCUUGUACCUGACCGAGCAGACCCAGCAAAACGAUACCGAUAUCCUCUGUGGUCCAUGUACGCGAUGUUCCUGUUUGUGUACUCCAUGUUCUUCUUCACGUGGCUCCUUUCGAUGAGAUACCCAAAAGUCAUGCCUAUGAUGGACAAGGUGUACCCCUAUGAAGAGUACAAAGUGAGGACAGCAUGGGCAGAGGGGGGUGUCAUUAUUCCUCCCACAAACAAGCGGCUUAAACAUUACACCUUCGAGCCCCUUGACUAGACAGCCAUAAGCUGCCUGGUUUAUUGUGCAGUGCGUCUGAAAGGAAUUUUUGUGCACAUGGACAAAGACACAGAUAUGAAAACUGUAUAAAAAAUAUUUGUGAAAGUAUCUGGAAAGUUUGAAUAGGUUAUUAAAGCUGAAGUACCGUUUAAAAAAAAGGUUUUUAUUUGACAGAUGGUUGUUUACCUUUGACUCAUGAGUUUAGUGUGAGAAGAAGUUGAAAUAAAAUAUUAAUUGUA